ACACUGAUGUCAAUUUGUCAAUUUGGCGGCAAAUCUUUAUUUAAAAACGAAUGGAAAUGGAUUUUAGUCAGUCGCUGAUUAUAAGUGAAAAAACGUUCAAUAAUCUCAAUUAUGAAGAAAAAAUUGCAAUAAAUGAAGGAGGUCCAGGCGUUAACGAUAGAGCUGAUGUGAUACAGGAAUCGCCGACGCGAGCAAAAAAUGGGGCACAUCAAUUAAGCAAAACGAACAAUGCUUCGAACAAGAAGAACAGACGUCAUCUACGCAAAAGUAUAUGCAAUUCCAAAUCAGCUAAAAAAGUGUUAAAAACUGACUUACACAAUUCAUCGGUAGAGAAUAAUAAGUCUGAAAAAGAAAUUGUGUACAAAGUAGAUGAAGUUGUCAAAGUUAUUGAUAUAAGCGAUCAAAGCGAUAUCGAAUCAAAUUAUGAAAUGCUGAAUAAAAACUUGCAAUAUUCCGAGAUACAAGAGCAACUAGACGUAAGCAGCUUCUUGGGACCAAUUGAAACGUCAAAAGACAAACUGAAUUGCAGGUCUGAAGAAACAAAAAAAGCGGCAGACAAACAAUUCGUACAAUCUCAAACAGAAAAACAAAAAGCUCAAGCAGAAACUUUGCAUUCUUCGCCAAAAAGAACUGUUGCAUUAGAUUUUGAAUCUUUAAAAGAUAUAGGCAAUUGGUAUUUGCCAAAGAGCAUAGUGACCGAGUAUAAGAGGAAGGGUGUUAUUAAAAUGUUCGAUUGGCAAGUUGAAUGCCUAAGCAACUCAAAGGUAUUGUUCGAGCACUGCAAUUUAGUAUAUUCUGCGCCCACCUCUGCUGGCAAAACGUUAGUUAGUGAAAUUUUAUUACUGAAAACAGUUUCGGAACGAGAAAAAAAAGUAUUACUAAUACUUCCUUUCAUAUCAGUUGUGCGUGAAAAAAUGUACUAUCUACAAGAUCUUUUGACGCCAGCAGGUUAUAGAGUCGAAGGAUUUUUUGGUGGUUAUGCACCUGCUGGAGGGUUUGAUAGUAUAAACGUAGCAGUUACUACGAUAGAGAAAGCUAACUCCAUUGUAAAUAAACUACUGGAACAAGGAAAACUAGACACCAUUGGUACGAUUAUUGUUGAUGAGAUACAUUUAAUAUCAGAUCCGGCUCGAGGUUAUAUACUCGAAUUACUUAUUGCAAAAAUAUUAUAUAUGACCAGUAAAUACGGAAUGACUAUUCAGAUAAUUGCAAUGUCAGCUACAUUGGCGAAUGUGAAGUUGUUAAAGCGUUGGCUUACUGCAGAGCAAUUCGUAACAAGCUUUAGGCCCGUAGCACUUAAAGAAAUGAUAAAAAUAAAUAAUGAAAUAUUCGAUGUGAAAUUCAAUCGAAUUCGUGACGUUACUAUUAAUGGAGUAGUUGACGAACCGUUUCCUGUUUUACAAAAUGAUACAGACCACGUCGCACAGUUGUGCCUUGAAACUGUAGCACAUGGCUGUUCUGUUAUAGUGUUUUGUCCGUACAAAGAUUGGUGCGAAAAUUUAGCUCUCCAAUUAGCAAAGAAUAUACGUGCAGUAUGUAAAAAUGGUGGAAUUUGGGGUAGCCAGCUUCAGCAGCAAUUAAAUCGUACAGAUCUGGACGAAGUUAAAAAGCAGCUUGAAGAUAUACCAGCAGGCCUUGAUGAGUUAUUAGGAAAAACAAUUAUGUUUGGCUGCGCUUUUCAUCACGCAGGCUUAACAACUGAGGAGCGUGAUGUAGUCGAGACAUACUUCAAAUCUGGAGCAUUAAAAAUAAUUGUUGCUACGAGUACUUUAAGUUCAGGUGUAAAUUUGCCUGCUAGACGUGUUAUCAUACGUUCACCAUUGUUUGCGGGAAAAUCCAUGAAUUCCAUCACAUACAAACAAAUGAUAGGACGCGCUGGUCGCACUGGAAAGGAUACGCUGGGAGAAUCCAUAUUAAUAUGCAAUAAAAGUAAUGCCGAUGUUGGUAAAGCAUUAAUAACAGCCGAUCUGCAGCCUAUAUCAUCCUGUUUAGAAAUAAACGAUAGUACACAUUUAAAACGUGCUCUAUUAGAAGCAAUAGCAUCGGGUGUCGUGAUGACAAAGCAAGACAUCGAUAGAUUUGUUAAGUGUACACUACUAAGUGUACAAAAGUUACUCGUCAUAGAAGGAAACGGUUGUUUAAGUGAAGACUAUGCGUAUACCAGCGAUUCAUUGAAAUAUUUGAUUGACAAUGAAUUCGUGCGAUUGCAAAUAAAUGAAGAAACGACCGAAGAAACGUACGUUCCAACCCGAUUGGGAAUGGCAUGUUUAGCUUCAUCUAUGCCACCAGCUGAUGGUCUAUUACUGUUUGCUGAAUUAAAAACGGCUAGACACUGCUUUGUAUUAGAAUCAGAACUACACGCUGUAUACUUAGUAACCCCAUAUUCUGUAUGCUAUCAAUUACAAGACUUAGACUGGUUGCUAUAUCUUGAUAUAUGGGAACACCUGACACCAGCUAUGAAAAAAGUCGGCGAAUUAGUUGGAGUUAAAGAAUCUUUUCUAGUUCGUGCAAUGCGUCAACAAACUAAAUUAGAUUAUAAACAAAUGCAAAUACACAAGAGAUUCUAUACCGCUUUAGCUCUACAAGAACUCAUUGAAGAAAUACCAAUUAAACAAGUGGCAUUUAAGUACAAGUGCACACGUGGUAUGUUGCAAGGAUUACAGCAAAUUUCAUCCACAUUUGCGGGAAUCGUAACAGCUUUUUGUAACUCAUUAGAGUUUUCAACACUUUCACUAAUAUUGUCGCAAUUUAAGGAGCGUUUAUACUUUGGUAUACAUAGAGAUUUAAUAGAUUUGAUGCGUUUACCUGAUUUAAAUUACAAGCGCGCUCGUGCUCUUUACGACGCCGGUUUAACGUCAAUUGUUAAAUUAGCAAAUGCUGAUGUGUUUUCUGUGGAGAAAAUAAUGCACAAUUUAUUAAGUUUUGAUUCUGCAAAACAACAUGAAAAUGAAAAUGUUUAUGAAGCCGAACAACGUAAUGUGCUAAGAAAUUUCCACAUAACCGGCAAAUCUGGAAUAACUGUAGCAGAUGCCGCAAAAUUAUUGGUGCAAGAAGCGAGACGAUUUGUACAAUAUGAAAUUGGCGUGGGCACUAUUAAUUGGGCGCAAAACACAAAAAAUGAUUUGGAAACAGAUCGGAUCCAUAUGUCAUACGAAGAAGAAAAUUUAAAAGUUUGCAAUAGAAAAAGAAAAUCCUCAGAAAAUUUAAAUACAAGUCAACUUAAAAUAGCAAAAUCUAUAGAAAGUAAAGAAAAACAUCUUAUUGAGCUCUGUACGGAACUAAAUGAUAAACCAAGUACUAGUGCAAAAGCGAAAGAAACUUUACAUAAAAUAAAUACACUGGAAAAAGAAAUUAAAGAGACAUCUGGUGAAAAAUUAAUGAUAACUAGUUCGGGAAAUAAUAAUAAGCAAACUAAUAAUGAGGAUAUGGUAGGAAAACAAUUUUCCGAGUUAAAAUUAACUAAUUUGAUAAAGGAAUCUACUAAUUUGAUAAAAGAAUCUACAAUUAACAACAAAGAAGAGUUAAGUAAAUAUGAGAAAACAAUAGAUAAUAAAAAAUAUAAUUUACGCACGUCUGAGAAGAAAAAACCCAUCUCAGUUGUCAAUGAUGGUCAAAUAAUUAAGAGCAUUGAAAUAGAACCACAAACGGUUACAACGAUAUCAUUAUCAAGACUCAGUCCAAAUUUGAAAAAAACUCAAACUACUGUUAAUGAAACUGGUAAUAAAACUGUUAAAGACACCAAUGACAUACAAAAGAGUCUGGUACAUUCACAAAAUUCGGUGACAAUACCACGUCGUAGUCUACGUAAUCAUUCAAAAGAAACAACAAAAAAUAUGAUUGACGUAUCUAUGACGGAUGAAUCCUUUGAAUUAAACAGGGACAUAGCUGAAGUACUGGAUACCGAUAAAACGAAUAAAGAUAGUAAAUAUUUCAAUGAAAUACAAAAUAGUCUGGCACAUUUACAAAAAUCGGUGACAAUACUACGUCGUAGUCGACGUAAUCAUUCAAAAGAAACAACAAAUAAUAUGAAUGAUGCAUCAAUGACGGACGAAUCCUUUGAAUUAAACACGGGCAUAGCUGAAUUACUGGAUAUCGACAGAGGAGAUAAUAAUGAUAAAGACACCAAUGAAAUACAAAAGAGUCUGGCACUUUCACAAAAUUCGGUGACAAAACCACGUCGUAGUCGACGUAAUCAUCUAAAAGAAACAACAAAAAAUAUGAAUGACGUAUCAAUGACGGAUGAAUCCUUUGAAUUAAACACGGGCAUAGCUGAAUUACUGGAUAUCGACAGAGAAAAUAAUAAUGGUAAAGACACCAAUGAAAUACAAAAGAGUCUGGCACAUUCACAAAAUUCGGUGACUAUACCUCGUCGCAGUCGACGCAAUCAUUCAAAAGAAACAACAAAAAAUAUGAAUGACAUGUUAAUGACAGACGAAUCCUUUGAAUUAAACACGGGCAUAGCUGAAGUACUGAAUAUCGAUAGCGAAAAAAAAGAUGUACAAGACAAAAAUGAAAUACAAAUGGGUCUAACGUAUUCCCAAAAUUCGGCAACAAACCCAUGCCGCAAUCGACGUAAUUAUUCAAAAGGAACAACAAAAAAUAUGAAUGACAUGUUAAUGACAGACGAAUCUUUUGAAUUAAACACGGGCAUAGCUGAAGUACUGGAUAUCGAUAAAACAAAUAUUAAAAAACAAAACAGUGUUGCACAUACACAUAAUUUGGAAACACGAUCACAUCAAAAUCAACGUAAGCACUCCACAGAAAGAACUUCCAACGCCGCUACUUCAACAAAAGCUAUCAUGGAGCAAAAAACACAUAUGAGUGACUUGUUAAUCACAGAUGAUUCCUUUCAGCUGAACACGGGCAUAGCUCAAAUGCUGGAUAUUAAAUUAACAGAAACAAAUGCUACUCCUAUCGUCGAAGAAAAAGAAACUUUAAAUAUAAAUAAUGAUGAUGAAAUACCUAAUUCACAGCUAGCAGAAAAUAAAGAACUUGAGAAAACACCGUUCAGAUCUCGCUUAAUACGUACACGACGUGCAACCUUUAAAGAAUCGGAAAUUAACUCGGGUUUAGAAACUAAUAAUAAUGUACAUAAUACUGAGAACUCAACAGGUGUUUCGAUUGAAAUAUCUGAUCCAUCGAUUAAAGGUUGUCUAAUAAUGGAUCCAUCACAUAUUAAUGCUACAAGUAUUAGUAAUAAUGCUACAACUUCUUCUAGUUUUGAAUGUGUGAAAAUUGUAGACAUUUGUGGUAAUAUACAAAUUUUCCAAUCAACUUUUGAAGAGUUGAUGACUUCUAAAUGUUUUGGUUUCUGUUUGGGCUUGGAGAAUAUCUUGGAGAAACAAAAACCUGUCAUAGGUGCAAACGCAGCUAUUAAUCAAGAUUUAACAAAAGAGGAAGUUGAAGCUACAAUGGAUACGGCAAAUUUUCAGAUUGAUAGUGCAUGCUUUUUAGCUGGCAUUGCUUUUUGCGUGUCAGAAAAUAUAAUUUACUAUAUGAACAUGCAGGAAAAGGAAUCGAAUCCUGCUGUGACCACAAAAUUAAAGUGUGAAUACCUGCAUAUGAUACUUAAAGCAAAAGAAAAUACUUUGCUGAUAUUUGAUGCUAAGGAACAAUUAAAAACUUUACGUAAACUUCUGCCAGAUUUAGGAGAAAUUUGUGCUGAGUUCGGAGAUCCAAAAGUAGCAAAUUGGUUACUUCAACCUGAUAAAACAGUAACUUUCAAACAAAUGGUUCAUCAAUUUGCUCCGGAAUGCACUGGAUUAAUUGGUCUGUGUGGAAAUAGCGGGAGGGGAACAAAAAGCUAUGGCUUAGAUAAAUAUAAUGGUAUAUCGGCCAAAGUUAGAUCUUCAAUAGAAGCCUGUUGCACUAUACAUAUUUUAAAAGAGCAAAUUGAAAGAUUGAAGAAAAUCGGAAACGGUUCUUUACAUCAAUUUUUUUUAAAAACUGAAAUGCCACUGCAGCUUUCACUUUGCAACAUGGAAACGAUUGGUUUUCCUACAAGUGAGUCUGAACUGCACAUGUUAAUAAAAAAAUUGUUGUGUCUUCAGAGAAAAUUGGAAACAACAAUAUAUGAAACGCAUGGCAGGCGAUUUAAUCUUACUUCAUCUUCGGAGGUGGCGAAAGUGCUUGGAUUACAUCUCAAAUCUGGUAAACGUAUUACCACAUCAAAGCAAAUUUUAGAGAAAAUAGAAUCACCUAUUUCUAAACUAAUAAUUAACUACAGAAAAGUAAAUAGUAUCUUCACGAAUAAUAUUCUACCACUAUCGGAGUGUGUUAAGAACAAUAGAAUAUACGGUGAAAGUAACACAUUUACUUCCACUGGACGCAUAUCAAUGGUGGAACCAAAUUUACAAAAUGUUGCUAAGAACUUUGAAGUAUAUACAGGAGAAGAUAGUGAUAAUUUGGAAAUAUCUUGUCGUCGUGCAUUUUACCCAACAGAUCCAAAGCGCUGGCUUAUAUCUAUUGAUUUUUGUCAACUAGAGAUGCGCAUACUAGCGCAUUUAUCGAAGGACCCUGCAUUAUUAGAAGUUAUGCGUACGAAAAAGGAUAUUUUUACUGCUAUAGCCGCAAGUUGGUAUAAAGUAUCCGAUGAUAAUGUUACAGACCAAUUAAGAAAUGAUACCAAGAAAAUAUGUUACGGCAUUGUGUAUGGCAUGGGUAUGUGUAGUUUAGCAGAUUCUCUUAAAUGCACUGAAGAACAGGCCAAUUUGCUCUCAAGAGAAUUUCAUGCUGCAUAUCCUUAUAUUAGGUAUAAUUUCUACUUACAAAAACUAUGUAAAAUUUAUUUUCAACAUGUAUAUAUAUAAUCUACUUUUUUUCGUAUUAUUUUUUGAUAUAGCU